ACCAGAAUCUUUAUAAAACCCCUUUCCCCUCAAAUCCAAGAUUUUCCGCCACCGUAUUCGGCUAAUGGAGCCGCCAUUUCCGCCUCCCUCCGCCGCGACACACUCCCUUGUUGAUGCACCGCCGUUCCCUCCGCCUCCUGCUUUCACCACCAAGCUCCGUCUUAUGUGCAGCUACGGCGGGCAUAUAGUUCCCCGCCCCCAAACCAAUACCUUCUUCUAUGCCGGCGGCGAAACUCGUAUAAUCGCCGUGGACCGCCUCACGACCGCCUUUUCACUUGCUUCCCUUACGGCCCAUCUUUCCCGCUCUCUGUAUAACAAUCGCCCCUUCUACCUCAAGUACCAGCUCCCCGACGAGGGCCUCGACUCGCUCAUCUCCGUUACUACCGAUGAGGACCUCCAGAACAUGCUCGAAGAGCACGAUCGCAGCGCCUCAUCUACCUCUCCUAAUCCUUCCCGCAUCCGAUUGUUCCUCUUCCCCGUCAAGCCCGAAUCGCUCCUCGACUCGAAAGCGGAAUCGUGGUUCUCCGAUGCGUUGAGCAAUACUAGGAUUGAGCGGAGAGUUCAGUCGACUGAUUCGAACCUACCUCGUGCGUUGAUAGGGUUUGAUAUUGCUGGUGGCUUUGAUUCGGUUUCCGGCGAAGGCCUGGCGCAGAGUUUGAGUAACGGUGGAGGUGGAGUUGGAGAUGCUAAACAUGGGUUGGAUUAUGGAGGUUCUGGACACGAGUCCCUGGUCUUGGAGACAAGUUCUUCGUUUGGGUCUACGAGUUCCUUUAUUUCCAUGUCGAGUUUGCCGGCGUUUGGGGUUCACGGCGAGGAAGGGACUGUCAAUUUGCAGGAUAAGAAGGUUAGAGUGCCCUCUUCAGCUUCAAUUGAAAGUGAUAACAGUGUUGGAAGUGUUGCAUCUCAACCCAAACCUGCAAUCUGCCAAGAAUCAUAUGCCCAAGUUUCUGGAAUGGCCCCAAGCUGCUGUACUGUUGAACCAGAAAGUCCUAUGGCUAUGGCUAACCCAUCAACUAUGAUUCAGCCCCAGAAAAUGGUUCAGGUUUCAGGUUAUGAAUUCCCGCAACAGGCUGAUGGGAAGCUGUACAAACCCGGAAUGCAAUAUGUCCAUGGAGGUCCUUACUAUGUACCUCAAUAUCCGACAACCACAUCACAAUUAUCAUCUUGUUAUCCACUGUACCAUGUUCCUAUGCUACCACCACAGCAGCAGCAAAGCCCGUAUCAUGUAAAUCAACCAUACCCAAUUUAUUUGGUACCCGUGGUUCCAAAUCAAUCUCUAAAUAUGCCAAUGCAGAAUGAUGCUAUAGAUAUUGCUUCGAUUCUGCCCCCCUUGCAUCUGCAAGGAGCUGUGAUCCCUCCACCAGUUAAACAUGUACCUGAGCCAGCAGCAAAUAUGCAGAGUGAUCUCCCCGUUUCAGCUGCUCCAGCUAGUGUGCCUUCUUCCAAGUGUCAGCAAUCGUUUGUUGGGCCUCUCGAGCCAAAGCCUGUUGCUACAACAUCAAUUGAUACUGUUUGUAAUGGAUUUGACGAUGAUCUUUCAUACAGUCAGAUAUAUAAAACUCAGCCUCCAGUUCCAUCAUUUAUAUCUCAGUGCGAAACCAUUACAAAGGGGGCAACAGUACAGUUAUCUGAGUCCUCAAUGCAGCAAACCCCGAAUGAUGUGACAGCCCAGGUCUCAUCCCUUCUACAACAAUCUUGAAAUACUGUUUAUAGAAUUGCAAAAUUUUGGUAUGUUUUUCUUCUUUUUCAAGUUUGCAGUCUUGGUCUGUUGUUUUCUUUUAUUUCCCCACUUUCUAUAUUUGUUUAUUUAUUUGUUCUUUCUCUGCCCAUUCCCUGCCUACUUCCGGCAAGGAAAAGCCGAACAGUGUUAAAGGUCAUUCGUUUUAUAUAUCUUGGAAAUGUGGAACUUUCAAGUUACUAUGGAAAUGUUGUAACCUGGCUUCUGAAUUUUGUAUUCAGUAUGAAGUUCUUGUAAACUUCAAAGAAUGUUGGGGAUUUAUAGUCAUUAGUGUGGAUGUGUGUGCUCUUGUUAUGCUUACUGGAAGUGAUUAGUACAUGAAAGAAGGCAAGAAGGUAUUUAAGUA